AAGCCGAUCCUGCUGAUUCAAGUCAACAUUCAAAAAUCCCGAAUGCUCAAUCUUCAGGAAAGGCUUUUUUGGCUUCUGACAAAAAGGAGAUGACUACCACUACAAAGUCAGAGCGUACUAAAUAUGAAAAUAUAGCAAACACGACGGAGAAUUUAAAAAUCUCGUGUGCUCAAUUUGACAGUUUGGUUGAGCAGCUUAAUGCUCCGGAGAAUGUCAAGAAUUCUGGAGAAGUGAUGCAGCUCCCCAGAGAGGAAUUCUCAAAGGAAAUUCAGGGUUUCUCAUUACUAACUGUAAAAAAGCUCAUGGUUCUAGGUGCCUCUGUCUGCCAGGUCCGGCAUAACGAUAAACCAAUUGGAACUGGGUGUCUUCUCUUUGAGAAAUGUAUUCUCACUAAUGCACAUGUUAUCAGAGAUGCACGAGGACAGCUGCUAGACAAACUAAGUGUGUCGUUCAAUUUUGAGGAUUUGAAGACUGGAAGCAAACAAUUUGCAAUAAAGAAAAAGCCUUUAGCAUAUGAAUAUAGGUAUACUCCACAACAUACUAUGGACUAUGCUGUGUUGGAGUUAAAGACGUCUGCUGAAGCAUUGCCUCCACCACUUCUUAAACACUAUAGCGCGCCACCAGUGACAGGGGGAGUCAUCAUCAUUGGGCACCCAGCUGAAGGUGUUAAGAAAAUGGACAUGUCUCUCAUUAUUGAGCGAUCAAAACAAUUAGACGCAGUCAACAAACACAUCUUAGGCAAUCCUGAAAAUCCUCAAGUUAUAGAAAAUGCAUACUUUGAAAACAGACAAAAACUUGAUGGAAGUCAAAUUGAGUACCACAGCUGCUUUUUCCAUGGAUCAUCUGGCUCCCCUGUCUUUGAUGACUCUGGCAACAUGAUAGGCAUGCAUACAGGAGGGUAUGGCUACAUAAAAGGAGAGGGGUCAUUCGACAGUGUCAUUGAAUAUGCACAACCCUUACUGCCCAUCCUGGUGUCCAUUCUCAGACAAACAAAGGACAAACGGAGGUAUGUGUGGGAAUCCUUUCGUGCUGAAAAGAACACAAAACUAGUGGUGAAGCAUGCUGACGACAUGGACUUUAGACCAGAGUCAACGAACAGCUGUGCUUGGGAGCACCUCACCUCUGAUGAGGAAGACAUGGAUGUGGACCCCUAACAUCUGUCAAUCAUUCACUAUGUGAAUCCUGUGAAAUCUCUUUUUGCCUUUGAUGAGUAAGGACACACAGUAUAUUUUGUAUAUAUUUAGGUUUUAGUGGCCCCCGACACAGUGGCCACAGUGCAAAAUAUAUUAACACAAAGAUUGUUUAUAAUAGUACAACUAUUAUACACUGUAAAACGUAAAAACUGUCCUUACUGAAAAUAUAUAAUUAAUUGGACUCAGUUUUUGUUUUUUGUUGAGUUUACCUGUCUAAACUGAGUGUUAUUAAAAGUGUAUAAAAAGUUAAUCUUAAAGGAUUGGAAGGGUUCCGAGGCCCCAUCAUUACAGCUAUGGAAGGGUCUAAUGAAAUACUAUUUAAGUAUAGAAAGAUCAAUGUUCGAAGACCGGAACAGAAGGCGACAAUUCAAUAAGAUGGGGCAGGACUUAUAUGAAGCCUUGUAAAUUUAAAAGCCAAGCAACAGGGAAUAGGUGUGGUGGCUGAGA